GCCAGAAACUAUAUUUAUUUUCGAAAAAAUCCUAUUGUGACAUUCAAGAAGCAAGGAAAUGAGAGAGAGAAGAAAAGAGCGAUCUGUAUGUUUUUCUUAACUUCUUCUUUUUUAGUUAAUGUGCGUCGAACCAUCAUCGGGCGAAGCAGUUGGGCUCUUCCAGACAUCCGGCGGGAGGGGCAGCAAGGCUUGGCGCUUAGUCGCCUUCAAGCUUUAGCAAAAAUUCCUACGCUGCCGGACUCGACCAAACGCCGUCAAGCUCGUAGCUUUGCUGUUGGCAAACAGACUGCGCCUUUUUCGCGGCUUGGUAUAAGGCCUGCACGGGAGUUCGACGCGCAAUCGAGAGCUCAUUAUAAGCGCAAACCAAAAUUGCAUAUGAAUCUGAAUGCGUUUCGAAAAUUCUAUAACGACUCCUAAGAUGUCAAAGAAACAGGUUAGGGUCGCGUCGCUAGUCUAUCUUUCCAUAUCAGAAGUUUUAUUCUAUCAAAA